AUGCGUGAUCGUCGUCCUCUUCUGGCGCGUGGUGACAGUAAAAAGGAGAUCACAACUAGUGAUAUUAAAAAAACAAAAAGUUACCGAUCUAAGAAUGAGGAGGCAUUACCAGCUUUGACUUUCAAGGAGAUUAUCGCCCGUAUAAUCUUUUUUGUAGUAAUUCUCGGGUUACCCCUAGGUGUUAUUUACUACUACACCCCGUUCUUUGUUUUUCAGAGGUUGCGUUGUAGAGCUGUAGAGAAACUUUGGAGUGAUGAUACCAUUACUGCAUUGGAAGAGGGAUAUCAUCGUUAUCAGGAAUCUCCACCACGCUUUCCAUCCCUUGAGUAUAACAAAACAAUGCUGUGGGGAACAUAUGAACCAGGUUUGAUAUUUGCAAUGAAGACACGUACACCCAAACCGGUUUACAUUGGUAUUGCGUGGUAUGAUGAUGCAGGUCAAUAUCCUAUUCGAUACAAAAUGUCGGAUGUGUUAUCAGUUCAGCGACGUGAUAACACUAAUGAUGGUGUUAUAUCUGAUGAAAAAUCAAGUAAUUUUGAAGCUUCAUGGGUAGUUCAUGAUGGAGUUCAUUAUGGACGUCAAUUAAUACAUGAUGGACUAUUGUCUAUCAAUAUUGAAUUCCUAAAGAGUCCCUCAGGAGAUACUUGGCAUGUACGUGUUCAUGGAAGUAUGGACGGUGCAAAGGCCAUAACUUUCGUUGUAUAUCUCAUAAAUGAUGGUGGGGAUGCUUUUGAGCCUGAGAAAACAACGGAUAUGGAUGAAUCAUGGGAUCCACAAAUUAAAAGUGAGUUUGAAGAUUCUGAAGGACGACGAGAAGAAUUCAUGUUAAUUCUACAUGAUGAUCACAAUCCGUUUUUUACACCAUCACGAUGGCAAGUGUAUGGUUUAAGAGCUCCAGAAGGUGAAUUUCUUCGUGAUGUUGACUUUCGCAAAGUACCAUCUGGUGCACAUGCAUACACUACGGAAUCAUCAAGAAAGUACCAGUGGAAGAACCCUCAAGAAGGAUCUAAUACACAUAAUGUUAUGGUAUUUCGAAAACGAUACGAAUCAGAUUUUAGGGUAGAAAUGUCAAUGCGUCAUGCUUCUCAUCUUGUUGCAGCAGGUCAGGAUGCAACUGUACAUCGUCCGUUCGUUGCAACGUAUGAUGCACUUACAACAUGUCAACUCACGAAUGCUUUCCGUUUACGAGAAAAAGAUAUUUUACAUAACAUGCGAAAACUCGUCACACCAUGGUCAAAAGGUUUUCGUAUUAAACCUAAGCUGUAUGUUAACAGAGCGCGUCGUUUGCUUAGUGGAGCACUGAGUGCAUGGGGAUAUUGGCAUGGACGUUAUUUGUACGCAGACCGUAGCAUUGACGAUCUGUGGGACAAACAAGGAAGCGCAGUGACAGUUCACUCUGAUGGACAACUCCAUGAAGUGUCAAGUGAUGUAUCAGCUUUUGGAGCUGUAGCUUCACGUGUGGAGGGGGCAUAUGGAGAUAUAACACUGACAGGGUUACAACUACUAUUCAUUACACACUGGAACAAAGAAUGGACAAAGGAAGCCAUCGCAUCGUGGCUCGUGGACGCUCAGGAUAAAGUUAGUGGAUUUAUACCUCGACAUGCAACCUUUACAGCUGCUUUACGCUCAAUCAGUCCUCCUUCAAGUCGUUACGAACACCUUACCUUCGCAGCACCUCCCACAAUACUCCUCGCACUUCGUCAAAUUCUUAGCGAUGAUCAAACUUUGAGAAAAGAAACAGAAUUCUUUCACUUAUUGUUACCAUCGCUACGCCGCUGGAGGAACUGGUUCCACAUUACUCAAAGUUCCCGGAAUAAUAAUGUAAGUCUUGAGACACUUGCUUCUUCUUUUGAAAACGAAACAGAUACCAGAUAUUCUGCUCCUAUGUAUCGUUGGCGUUCUCGUGAUGGUGACCGUGUUCCUGCUAGCGGUAUGGAAGAUUAUCCAAGACCUUAUUGUAUGGGAAGUCAUGGUGAUGAAGCUCACGUGGAUCUUUUCUCUUGGGUUGCUUUUCUUAGCACGAUCAUCAGUGAUAUCGAGCUUCACUUGGGUUUUGCUGAGAGUGUUUCUAAGCGACUUUGGAAGGUUUGGUUAGAUGAGAUACAUUGGGAUGUGGAGCACAAGCGCUAUGCUGAUCGUGUCGGAUGUCCAAACGAGUCUUUUUCACCAUAUGUGGGGUAUGCAAAUCUCUACCCCUUUCUUCUGGAACUUCUUGACGACAAGGAGAGGGCGAUGGCAGUUCUCGAGCUUGGCAAUACGCAACUCAUGACACCGUACGGGAUGAUGUCCGUUUCAUAUGAUUCUGUGGGUGCAGCACGUAUGGCGGGUCUGCGUCAUGAGAAUCUGUGGAUGGGUCACAUAUGGGUUUCGACUAACGCCCUCAUGCUACGUGCGCUGAGAAGGAAGUACAUUACCCUUCUCGGCAAACCUGCAGAAGAUCUGUUUAAGCAGCUACGGGCAUCUAUAGUUGUGACAGCUGGCGGAUCCCAAACAACACAAGAGGUUUACAAUCCAGUAACGGGUGUACCCGAAAGUACAGUGUCGCUAGUGGGUCACCGAGCUCUAAUGCUUGCUCUUCUUGAAGACUACAACUGA